CUUGUUUCCCGAAGAUUUUUAUCACUCACUUGGGGAAAUGCGCAUUUCAAAACAAUAAUAAGAAAUGUAAAUAGAAAAUUUGAAUCAUUUUAGUUCCAUGCGGGGAAGUGGGUGGUAACUGUAUUUGUAUAUGUGUAUGUGUGUGAGCUCCAGCCUACAUUCGUUUGGCUGGGUGCGCGUUCCAGAGCGUGUGCCUGUGUGUGUGUGUUUUAUGGUGAUUCCAUAGCGAUCGCGCGGUGGAUUUGUGAUCUGUUGCUUACGAUUUUGAGAUCAGUAUAAAAAGCGGCGUUCUUCGUAGAGUAUCAACACAAAAGUUCAACGACAAGUGUGUUUAGAGCAAGUGUGCUGUGUUGCAAGGUGUUUUUGAACGUUGUUUUUGCAUUUCUUUCGUGUAACGAUCGCUUGUGUUUUGUAUGCCGGUUUCGGUAAAUAAAAAAAAUUGUAAAAAAUAAAAAAAUAAAAUACAAAAAUAUAAAAAAAUAUUAAAUAAAAAUUAAAAAUUUCAAAUAAAAAAGUUUUAUAAAAAAAAUAUAUAAAGAAAUUAUUAAAAAAAGUUAUCUAAAAAAUUUGAAAAAAAAAAUCUUUAUCAAAAAUCCACCGACAACAUGAAUCUGGCUUCGCUUUAUCACCGCGCCAGCGCCGUACAGCGCCGCGACUCGAAACAAAUCUUUCAAGAAUACAUCAAAGUGAUGAAAUGGCGCGCUGACGGUCGCGACACGAUCAUCGAUAUCGGUUCCGGUUCGGGUAAUGUGCUUAUGGACCACAUAUAUCCGCUUCUACCGCCCAACUUCAAAGCCGUUUUGUCUACCGACAUCUCGGCGCGUAUGGUGGAAUUCGCGCGCCAAAAUUACGGUUAUAUUAAGCGCGCUCAGUUCGAGGUGCUCGACAUAGCUUGUGCGGAGUUGCCACAUCAUCUUUGCAAUCGUUUCGAUCAUGUCACCUCCUUCUAUUGCCUGCAUUGGGUGCAAGAUCAAAAACGCGCCUUACAGAAUAUCCGCCAACUGCUGCGUGUGAGUGGUGGCGAUUGCCUGCUUGUGUUUCUCGCAAAUAAUCCCAUAUACGAUGUGUACCUGACAUUGGCGAAGACGCAGAAAUGGUGCGAUUAUAUGCGUGAUGUGCAGCAGUUCAUCUCACCGUUGCACAGCAGCAGCGAUCCGGGUGCGGAGUUCAGCAAGUUGUUGGCGGAGACGGGUUUUGUGGACUACACUGUGGAGAUACGCAAUGAGAUAUACGUUUAUGACGGCACACAGAAUGUGAAAGAUAAUGUGAAGGCUAUUUGUCCCUUCUUGGAGCGCAUGUCUCCAGCCAUGCAGGAAGACUUUCUGGAUGAUAUCGUACAAUGUGUGGCUGACAUGAAUCUGCGCGAAGCCGAUAUCAAUACAAAAGAUUUCAAAUUUAUUGCGCCAUACAAAUUAGUUGUGGUCUAUGCGCGAAAGCCGAAUGAAUUUUUAAGCACUAUGAUCGAGGAGACGGAGCGUGUGACAAAGCGUUUGAUGUGAUUGCAAUACCAAAGUAGCCAAAGAUUUAGAACAAUUGUAGUUUUGUAGCUUAGUGAUAUUAAUCUAGUUAGUAAAAGUGCUUCCAAUUUAUUUAA